AUGCUUUACAUUGAGUCUGAGGUUUUAGUGAAUUCCUGCCACUCUGCCCCGCCCCCUUCCUCCCACCCUCCACAAAGAAGCCUCCUGGCCAGGGUCAGUGAGUAUCUCACUCAUCACAGCUGUUCCUGGCCCUGCUUUCUCACAACAUGGUGGCAGAGUUCCAAAGACGUUGAAGAUUAUAGUGGAGCCAUGGAUCUGUUUGGAGACAUAGAUGACGUUUCUUCACAGAGUGAUGAUGACAAUCAACCACCUAUUCCAGGACAGCCUGUUGAUGAACGUGGAUUGCCUCACGACCAGCAGGGGGAAAAGCCAAUUUCUGAAACCAGAAUGGAAGUAGAAAUUCCCAGUAUCAACUCUGAUUUAGGAAAUGAAUUGUACUUUGUUAAGCUGCCCAAAUUUCUCAUCAUAGAACCCAAACCUUUUGAUCCCCAGUAUUAUGAAGAUGAAUUUGAAAAUGAGAAACUGCUUGACGAGGAAGAUAGAACCAGGUUAAAAUUAAAGGUAGAAAAUACUAUACGAUGGAGGAUACGGCGGGAUGAAGAAGGAAAUGAAAUUAAAGAAAGCAAUGCUCGCAUAGUCAAGUGGUCAGAUGGAAGCCUGUCCCUGCACAUAGGCACUGAAGUGUUCGAUGUCUACAAAGGCCCAGUGCAGGGCAACUAUAUCCAACUGUUUGUUAGAGAAGACACUGGUCUCCAGGGACAAGCCAUCUUUAAAUCCAAACUUACCUUUCGACCUCACUCUAUAGACUGUGCCACACACAGAAAGAUGACCCUGCCACUUGCUAAUAGAUGCUCAGGGACACAGAUUAGAAUCUUACCGAUCACUGGUUGUGAUCCUGAAUGCCAACACACCGGAAAGAUUAAGAAAGAACACAAAUGUUUGAGGUCAACUCACCAGAAGAUGAUAUUCUGUCUGCAGAACAAGCAGAACCAGCAGGGGCCAAGGGCCCCCCACCAGGACCCCAGCAUUGACGAUGAAGCCAUUAAAAACCAGUACCAAGGGGAACUGGGAGAGGAACGAGCCAGAAUCUAUUCAUCAGACAGUGAUGAAGGAUCAGAAGAAGAUAAAGCUCAAAGAUUACUCAAAGCAAAGAAACUCACCAGUGAUGAGGUGAACCCUCCAGAAACAGGAAAGCAGGGAGUGAAGAGAAAGAUGAUGACAGAAGCAUAAAGUGUGCACUCGUUGUUUGUAUUUGUUUUCAACAGUUUGUCUUAAAGCAGUGAUGACUUGUUUUAAUUGAAAUGACGAAUUGAGUUGCUUUUGCAUAACCCUAGUUGUGAAUAAAAAAAGUUCAGAAGCAAAUGUGACUUUAGCAAAUCCAUUUUUCCCAAAUGAGAAGUUUAUUCUGUAACUGUUUGCUCUGGGUCUUAGGUUUUUAUGCCUUCCUGCUGUUCUGCCCCAGCCCGUCCCCCGGCCGGCCCAGAGGUGAGCUUAGGGUUAGCUCCGGUAUUGCCUCCUCCGGGAUGCCCUCCCUACCCUGCCUUGCUGGGUUCCAGGCCCUUCUGUGUCUCCAUUGGCAUGGCACCAACUUUCCACUGACCUCAAGGUCACCCUGUGACCUUAGAAGAGCAGGUACAGCAUGGCAGGGCUUACUGGACAUUGGGUGUUUUGCCAGGUGCUGCACAGGCCUUACUAAUCCUAAUUCUCAGAACACUUGAAGGGCAGGGGCUAAUUCUGUUUUACAGAUAUGGAAGCUGAGCCUAAAAGAACUUCAGACUGCUAGCCAAAGCUUUUUCUACCCAAGUAAAAAAAUCAGCAUUUUUGAGACAAGAGUCUUCUAUGCACAACCCCAAAAUGCUCAGCAGGUACAUGAAUGACCUUAUGG